CACAUCCAGCAACCACCCAGCCAGCCGACCAAUCACAGCAGGCAGACGUCUCUAGUCCAGCGUCCAGCUCUCCGAUCCUCUCUCCAGUCAUGGCGUUCCCUCGGCUGUCUGUCUCCAUGCUGUUGGCUUCAUUGAUUCUUCUUCUCUACUGGACGACAUCCUCAGCUCGGUCACAUGAUCCCCCAUCCUCCGUCGUCUCACCAUCCUACAGGGUGAAGAGAGACCAGGCUUUCGAAAAUAGAGAGAAAGUGGAAAAAUCUUUGGCAGCUUUAACAGCGGCAAAAGAAGUCCUCCCUUUAAUCCAAAAAGGGAUUGAAAAGAUUGAUAUCAAAAAGUUGACAGAUGUGAUGAAGAGUCUCUCCAACGUUGCCAGCUUGGCGCCAGGCAUCGGAAGUCUGGUCUUCGCUGCUGUCAACAUGAUCUUGAUCUUCAUCCCUCAGGAUGACCCAGUGUUGAACGAGGUGAAGAAAGGGUUUGAAGAAGUGAACAGAAAGCUGGACUUGCUCUCCAUCCAGAUCUCCAACCUGGCAACGGACGUAGAAUGGUUUAACUACGCCAGCGUCUACUCUCAAGACGAGCUCCGCAUCCUCAACUCCUGGAAGAAGUUCAAUGAGCUUCUUCAGAACAGUCAGUUGGUACAAAGUGAAGAGGACAAACUCCGACUGGCUGAGAUAUUCGUCAACUACUAUGAGAACACAGGAACUGAAUCCAGUGUGGCCAACGUCUACCAUUACCUGACAGUCAAAGACACAUCUCUUAGUGAAAACCUCAACAAACUGCUGAGGAAGAAGUUUAAAUGUGACUUUCAAGAGAUUGGCAAAUAUAACGUCUAUUUCAGUCGUUUGCUGUGGCAGGGGAUGGUGCUGAACCAGUUCUACUGGAAACUGAUCGGGUUGGAUUCAUCAGUCAUAGAAGCCGAACACACCCAGAUGUUCAAGAAUGUCUACAGAACUCAGAUAUCAGCUCUAGACUACUGCCUGACCAACCACAUGCAGUAUGUGGAGGAAGACGUGGUGGAGAUCAGGAAAAGAUUCAGUGCUGACAACAAAAAAGCCAUCGCUGAUGAGGUGAAAAAAGCUCUAGAUAAGAAGUACAACUGGUACAACUGGGUGGUGCUGGUGUACAACACAGCCCAGGCUGAUUAUUACAUACUAUAUAAUCUGACUAAGAUUACAGAGGACACGAUCACCGUCGCUGUGGGAUACACUCUGAAAGCAAAAAACAACAAGAACAAAGAACAAGUUAUAAAAGCAGCUGAUAAAUGCUUUGAAGACAAAUUGUGUGAUAUUGAGAACAAAGUACAUCAAUGUAGGUAUACUUGGUCUCUUUAUCCGAAUCCAGUAGAUGAUCCUGACCAUUUCACUGAUUAUGCUAAAGCGACACAUGCUGCCUAUGGGGAAGAGUUUGCUGAGGCUCCAGCACCCAUACUCCAACGUGACUGUUGGUGGGGUAGCUAUACAAGAAAGAUUUCCAUCUAUUACUCCCGGAGGUUGCCUUUCUGCCUAGGCGAAAUUUGUCACAACAACGGAAAGUGCAAGCAGCUGCUGGACUCCAAUGAAUGGAUGUGUGAUUGUCCAGAGGGUUACUAUGGUGAGAGAUGUGAAGAGAGAACCCAAAUUAGCCCAGCUACAGCAGUCGAUUUACAAGUUGUUCCUGAUAUCAGCACCAUUGAUACCAAAAUGAAAAAGAUGGAGCUCAAACUGGAAAAAAAACUGGAAGAGAUUCUCAAGUCGAUCAAUGACAUAAAUCGUGGCUAG